GAGCUUUAAAAAUGGCUGCCCUGCGCAGAGCCGCAACCUGGGAGAUUUCUGAAUCAGAGGACAGCGACCUCGACCUGAAAUCAGAAUUAAACCGCGAUGGAAGCUGUCAAAAAGAAACGACACACAGCAGAGGAGAACCGGAGGAAAAACCCACAAAUCUUCCGUCUUCAGCGGCUACAAGUGACUGGAGAGCCGGUCUGCCUGCUCCGGAGGCAGCCGGCGGCUCCCCGAGCCCGGCACGCAAACGCCGCAGCCGGGAGGAAAUGGAGGCGGCCAGGCUGAGCGCCAAGAAGCGGAAGGAGGAGAGGGAGCGGCAGAGAGCCGCCAGAGCCCGGGAGAAGGAGGAGAGGAAGCGGGAGCAGCAGCGGAGGAGAGAGGCGGCGGAGAGCCUCCGGCCAGAGAACCGCAUCAAGAGCCUGACCGUCUGCAUAGAGCCAGCCCUUCUCCAACAUGCCGGCUCAGACAUUUUGCUGGACCGCCUGGCCAUGUUGGAGUGGAGGUUCACCUUUGAGAGCCAGCGUUUGUCUCGCAGCAUCACCUGGACCAGAGAUCUGCCUCAGCAGGUCGAAGACGGUCGGGCCCGUGUGGAGCAGGAGGACCAGGUGGUUCUGGUCUUCACUCUUGAUGAAUUUGUGGACGUUGUGAUCUCUGUGAAAGAAAUGGUGGACGGCGAUGGGCAGGAGACGGGGACGGUCCUCAGCCCCCUGUUGGAGUGUCUCAACCGGAAUAAGGUGGUCACCAUGUUGGUGACGGACUUUGAGUCGCAUCACUGGAUGAAGGAAUAUUUUCCAGAACAGAUGCUGCGGACAAAACUGGGGAUGAAGGAUCAGGAUGUGGAGGAGGUUCUUGUUUACCUGCAGCUCUAUCAGAACAUCUCUGUGGUUUUCCUGGAGAGCUGGCAGGACAUCACCGCCCAUGUGUGCGCCGUCACCAAGGCUCUGUCAAAACGCCCCUUUAACCUCCUGACCGAGCGGACCGAGCUGCCGUUCUGCGUGGACGGUUCGUGGGCCGGCGGGGCCCGGGUUGGGAGGGACGGUUCUGGUCUGAGGGACGUCUGGGUCCGGCAGAUCCAGCAGCUGAACAGGGUGAGCCCGGCGGUGGCCGCCGCUGUGGCCCAGGCCUUCCCGUCUCCGCGGAUCCUGUUGCAGGCUUACCAGAACUCCGGUUCUGAGGCGGAGAAGAAGCGCGUCCUGGCUGGGCUCUGGGUGAAAACAGAAGGGAAAGGAAGAAGAGUUGGACCGGAUAUUUCAGGCAGAAUGUACCGCAGCCUCACCGCGGAAAACCCUCAGCUGGUUCUGGACUGAUCGGCCCGAUCUGGAAACCAUGCAGCCUCUUUAUGGAAAAGAACGUCUUCUUCUGGUUUAAUGUUAAAAUGAAUGACAGAGUAUCAGGGCCAUUGUACGGAACAAAGGAGGAACACAUGCUUGAAAAAAAAUCCAGGAAAUUUCUGAGUUUGAAAAGUUGAAAAUGAAAUUUUGAGAUGGAUCUCAAAAAAGAAAAAGAAAAAAUCAGUGUUUGAAACUCAGAAAUUUCCAAGAUCUUUAUAUGAAAAAAUUUGAUCUUAAUCUCAAAAUUUUCUAAAAAACCAAACAAACUGGAAAAUGUUUGAGUUUUAAAAGUCAAAAAGCUUUUAUAACAAUUCUAAUGUCAAAAUUUCAGAAUUUGUUUCCUAAAAUUUUUGACUUUUCCAUCUAAAAUGGCCUUAAGACAGUUGUAUAAAUGUAACAUUAAUUAUGUAUGUAAAUAAAUAAGUUCUGUUUUAAUGAAGAAUGAAAAUGAGCUGGUUUUCCAAACACAUGCGUCUCCAUUUUAUGUAAAUCAUGAAAUAAAAGGGACUAAAAGUCUUUUGCUUGGAUUAAGAUCUUUGUGAUAUUUUUUAUUUCCUUUAACUUUUCCACCUGUUUCUGUGACAAACCAACACAAGGAAGAAACUAACUCACAAGUCAAAGGCCUAAAUUCGUCCUUUUGUGUUUUACCAGCUGACAGUCGAUUCGGUUCGAUGUGGGACCGAAACAUAAAUCCCAGAAACACACAGAGAGGUUUGUUAUUGAAAA